AGCGGAGGAGAGGGGAAGAGAGAGGGGGAAGCGCCGAUGGAAAAGUGUCCAGGGCUCGGUUAACAAGAAGACAAGGAUACCGGCCCGCUUCAGUUUGUCCUGGGGCACUCGGCGAUGAGAGAUUCACCGAAAGGGGCACUUUGAGAUAUGAUGAGAUUUAUUUCUGGUCGGCAAUAGUACUAUGAUUUGGUAUGUGGCCACUUUGAUAGCAAGUGUAUUCAGCACCCGAGGAACGGCCGCUCAAGGUGCCCACGGAGUGCGAGAGGAGCCCCAGUUUGUGACAGCACGUGCAGGAGAAAACGUCAUCCUGGGAUGCGACGUUUCCCAUCCCUUGAACGGCCAGCCCUAUGUGGUGGAGUGGUUCAAGUAUGGAAUGCCCAUCCCUUUCUUCAUCAACUUUCGCUUCUACCCUCCUCAUGUGGACCCGGAAUAUGCUGGCCGGGCCACUCUGUAUGGCAAGUCCUCCCUGCGGAUAGAGGAUGUGCGUUCAGACGACCACGGCUGGUAUGAGUGUAAGGUGCUGAUGUUGGAGCAGCAGUAUGACACCUUCCACAACGGCAGCUGGGUGCAUCUAACUGUCAACGCCCCCCCAACUUUCACAGAUACACCACCUCAGUACGUGGAGGCCAAGGAGGGGGGGAGCAUCACUUUGACCUGUAUAGCCUUUGGGAAUCCCAAACCCUCAGUCAGCUGGUUGCGGGAAGGUAGUCUCAUGGUCAGCAGUGCCAAGUAUAAGGUGUCCGAUGGGAGUUUGACGGUGCUAUCCAUCACCCGGGAAGAUCGGGGGGCCUACAUGUGUCGAGCCUUCAGCCCCCAGGGAGAGGCUAUUCACACCACACGGCUGCUAGUACAAGAAAACAUCAGUGUCACACUUGACCUAAAGCGCAGAGUCAGUAUUCUCAUAGAUGGCUCCCUAAUAAUUGCCCGCGUCAAGCCAGAAGAUGCUGGGAAAUACACGUGUGCUCCAAGCAACAGCCUGGGCCGACCACCGACUGCCUCUGCCUACCUAACAGUGCAAUAUCCUGCCCGUGUGGUAAACAUGCCAUCAGUCAUCUACGCAGCCAUUGGUCUGCCCGGCUUCAUUCGCUGUCCUGUAGAUGCCAACCCCCCUGUAACUCUGGUUAAGUGGAAAAAAGAUGGCCUCCCUCUGCGGAUAGAUAAGUACCCUGGUUGGAGUCAAAUGGAAGAUGGGAGCAUCCGUGUGGCAGAGGUGACGGAGGACUCUCUUGGCACCUAUACCUGCAUGCCUUACAAUGCCCUGGGUUCCAUGGGAUGGUCGCCUCCUGCUCCCCUGGUGCUAAAGGACCCUCCCAAAUUCUCAGUGGUUCCUGGAGGGGUGUACAGGCAGGAGGCUGGAAGAGAACUGGUCAUCCCCUGUGAAGCAGAGGGAGACCCUUUUCCCAACAUCACAUGGAGGAAGGUAGGGAAGCCCAGUAAAAGCAAGCACAAUGUUCUGCCCCGAGGCAGCUUACAGUUGAAGUCACUCACAAAGGAGGACCAUGGGGAGUGGGAGUGUGUCGCCACCAAUGUUGCCACGAGCAUCACUGCCAGCACGCACGUCCAAGUCAUAGGCACAAGCCCCCACGCCCCCACCAAUGUCCAUGUGGCUGCGUUCUCCACUUUGGCCAAUGUGUCUUGGGAAGCAGGAUAUAAUGGAGGUUUCCAGCAGACAUUCUCAGUCUGGUAUGGCCAUGUGCUGAAGAGGGAGCGUUUAGGUCCGUAUGACUGGCUUUCCAUACCUGUGCCUGGAGGCCACGACUGGAUGGUGGUGCCCGGCUUAGAGCCAGAGACAACAUACCAGUUUAGCGUCCUGGCCCAAAACAAGCUUGGCACAGGCCCCUUCAGCGAGGUUGUCACUGUGAACACACUAGUAUUUCCUACAAGUACCCCUGAACCAUUGGUGCUGCUUACCCCACCACGGUGCCUCACAGCCAAUCGCACGCAGCAGGGAGUCCUGCUCACCUGGAUUCCGCCUGCCAAUCACACAGCACCUAUCCAGCAUUAUGUCAUGGAGUUUCGCCUGGGGGAGCGAUGGGAGGUCUUGGACGACAGCAUUCCUGCAGGGGAGACAGAGUUGGUUGCCCGAGAUCUCAUCCAGGAGGCGUGGUAUGAGUUCCGCGUCAUGGCCAUCAUGGAUGACAUGAUCAGCGAGCCUAGUAACGUAGUUGGAGUGUCCAGCACAGAUUUCUUUCCUCCUCCAGAGUUGGUGGAGGAGCGUGGACUGGCACGGCCUGUGGUGGCUGGUAUUGUGGCCACCAUCUGCUUCUUGGCAGCAGCUGUCCUUUUCAGUACCAUGGCUGCCUGCUUUGUCAACAAGCAGCGGCGGAGAAAACUCAAGAGGAAAAGAGACCCCCCUCUUUCAAUAACUCACUGCAGAAAAAGCCUGGAAACUCCGUCAUCUUCAGGAAAGGUGAGCCCAGAGAGCAUUCGUUCAAAGGCAUCUCCAUCAGAAUCAUCUGAAGAUAGUCAUGACCAGCGUGGAAAAAAACCACCCCCAAGUCCAGGGAAGAAGGAGGAAUUAUCUCUAUACAAAAAGACCAAAAGAGCAAUAACAAGCAAGAAAUACAGCAUCCCCAAGCAUGAAGCUGAAGCAACAAUACCCAUUGAACUCAUCAGUCGAGGCCCAGAUGGACGUUUUGUUAUAGAUCCUACAGACAGAGAAAUGUCUGUCAAACCCCGGCGAAUUGAGGGCUUCCCGUUUGUGGAAGAAUCAGACCUAUAUCCUGAAUUCCGACAGUCAGAUGAAGAGAAUGAUGACGCUAGGGCUCUUCCACCAGUUAUGCCCCCCUUGCGGCCUCACCAGAUCUCUCCUAUCUCCAGUCAGGAAUCCUACCUGCAACCUCCAGCCUACAGCUCUCAUUUCCACAGGCCCUUCGAAGGUAUGACCAUCAUGGAGAGCAGUCGGCUCCAGGCCACUGGGCAGAUCCGAGGCUCUCUCCACCACAGGGCUUUUUAUGGCUAUCUAGGUCCUCCUGGAGAUCAUGAUCCUCCACCUCCUUUUUACAUGCCAGAUACCAGCCCACUUAGCUCUGUCAUGUCCUCCCCUCCAUACCUUGCUGAGGGUCCUUUUGGCCACGCUAUGAUUCCUGAAGAAAUGGGAGAAAGUGAUUUUCCGCAAUAUGCUGUCUCUGGUUUUCCACUUCCACUGACCCUCACCUCUUCCAUUCGUUCUCCAGAGAUUUGGCAGGGAUUGGAUUUUACCUUUGCAAGUUUGGAGGGACCCCAGUUCAUUUUUCCACCACAUCAACCUUUGCAUCUCCGCCACGAUUCUCCCUAUCCCCCUCCACCUCAUGUUCUUCCCCUUAGUGCUAUCCAGCCCUCCUCUCUUCCAAUGCCCACUUAUCCAGCUGUCCUGCCACUGGAGGCCCCAAAGAGCCACUCAAGCAAGUCUCCCAGCAGGGCCAGGCCUCAUGGCUCCCCAGCCAAGCAUUUAGCUAUGCAAGAGGCACAUUUAGGGCAGCUAAGACACACAAGCCAUGGAAUGGGUGUGCCGGUUUUGCCUUACACCGAUCCAAUGGCCCAUAUUGUUCCUAGCACAUUCAGUAGCUUGGACACACGAUGGUUUGAAACCACUCCUCAUUUCAGUCCCAGACAUGCUCGUAGGAUGGAUUCUGGCAUGCAUCAGGUGGUUCUUCAGCCCUCUCGCCUCUCACCCCUCACCCAAAGCCCCCUUAGCUCUCAUGAGGGCUCCCCAGAGAUAGUAGUUCGUCCCAGGCCACGUCCCGGCAUUGUCCAACCUACUAUACCUUCAGAGAUGUCUGAGAUUACCCUCCUCCCUCCUUCCACAGCCAGCUUCUCAAGAAGAUCUUCUCCCUCCUCCUCACCUGCUCAAGCCCACGGUAGCAGGAGAGCAAGUCCCAGCUACCAUUCCCACAUGGCCUUUGCCACCUCUGCAACCAGCUACCCAGCUUCCCAGUCUCCAUCACCCCCCAUGGAAAGCAGCAACAUAUUUGGGCAGAUGCCAUCUCAAAGGAGGACUGAGGAGGAGAUCCUUCCAUCGGAGCCUUCUCCACCCCAGUUGUCAGCUUCAGGAAAACGUCGAGGUGCGCAGAGUGCCCUUUCAGGGUCUGAGAGGAUCGAUGCACUGAGAUACCAACGUAUUAAAAAGGCCAAGAAGAUGACUAUGAACAACAAUAACUCCAAGACCAGAAAGAAAGCAGGUGUCUCCACCUCUCAGACCCAGCAGGCCUACACCUCUCAGGUACUCCAGCCCGAAGAAGCUCUCUACCUCCGCAAAAAGAAGAAACGGCCCAUUCUCCAUGACCCAUAUAUUCGCUUUUCUGCUCUGCUUUACCGUCGUCCAAUUCGGGAGGACCAGAAAGCUAUUUUGGCUAGCAUGGACAACACAGACCUAGACCAUGCCACCCUCCUCUGAAAGUCACAGCUGUGCAAUACAGCUCCCCUUUCCAAAAUGACACUGCACUAGCUACGUCUCAGCUGAAAGAAAAAAGAAUACUGUCACUAGAAUUGUCGCAGUUUAUUACCUACAAAGGGGAGUGGCACAAAAUUUCAGCAUUCAGAUUUGGUUUAUACUACAGCUGCACCCCUCGGUCAGUUUAGUUUGCAUUAGUAAGCAUUCUGCUGUGUUCAUGAAUUAACCUUGACAAGUCUCAAUUUCUUCAAAAAAAAGCAGAUUAAGAGAAUUAUUAUCAGAAGCCACACAUAUGUUUUUGUUUAAAAAAAAUCAGAUUAAUGCCAUCUUUGAUUGGAAUUGUGAUUUUGAGGCAUUUCCUCCGCCAAAUUUUGGAUUAUUUGACUUCCUGCUUUGGAGACCCAAAGGCACAGCAAUCUUCUGUUCUUACAUCAAGUAGUAUUCCAUUUAAAAAAAUGUUUAGACCUCUAAAGAUUUAAGUGAUAACUGACACAUUUGUCCAAAAUUUUACUCCAGUGCAAAAUCAUUAACUAGAAUAAAUACAGCCAACCAUUUUGCUGAUUUUCGUAACGACUAUUUUCCUACUCCCCCUUCAUAUUCUUAAUUUUAACAUUCCCUCCAGCCUCGGGUCCUGUUUCUUGUGCUGAGCCAAUCCUCUCUCCCCAUCCUGCGGGUCUCCGUUUACAGCACCUUCUAUAAGAACCUCUCGCCGCCAGCAGCAUCUCUUAUCUGCCGAGAAACUCGCCUCACAAAUAUGGGUGUUCUCACUUCCUACCAAGUAUACCUCAGAGCACAGGACACGAGACCACACAACCACCUGGAUCAGCCAGGAGAACAAACUAGCCUUUUUACUCAUCUUUUCAUUAUUGUUGCUUUUUUAUGUACCUGUUUUUAUAUUUGUUUCCAAAUGUGCAAACACUGAACACAUAGUUUAUCUGUUCAAGAAAGAUUCACAUCUUUACUCAUCAGCUUUUUUCUGCUCUGUGCUGAAUGAGCAGGAAAAGGGCUCGUGGUGAAAGGAAACAGAAACAUUACCUUUAGCUUUGCUGUACUCGGCCUAAUCUUCACUCUGUGUAGUUUUUCACUGACAGAUGGGAACCAAACAGGUCUUGUCUUCAUUCUACAUAAUAUUACAAAAAAUCUGGCACCCUCAAAUUUGGCUUUUUAAUAACAAAAAAUAUUGUGAUUUCUAUUUAGUUUCUUAUGAAGUUAUACAGUUGCUCCAAUUAUUUUGAAUUUUAAUUUUAAUUCCAGCUUUUUACAUCUCAGAACAGUUUGCACUGGAGCAAAAUCUUGUCCACGUCCUGUCUCUUCCUUUACAUUUCACUUCUUCUACUCUAGUUAGCUUAGAGGGCUGCAAAUCCACUUCUGAAAUUUAUGCCAAAAACAAUUCAGUGAACAGAAAUAAACAAUUUUAGGGAUUUUGUGCCAUUUCAGAUACAUAUAUAUAAAUAUAUAUAUACAUACACAUGUGUGUGUGUGUGUGUAUACUUACAAUUUUGCUUCAUAUUUAUUUAGGAGGGCAUAAAACACUGGCUUUAUUUGGCCUUAAUCUUUGCCUGUUUCAUUUGUGUCAAACUUUAUUUAAUGUUUGUUUUUUAUUUGUGUGUUUUUAUAUCUGCUUCUUUUGGCCAGUUUCUAUUUAUGUGCUUGUCAUUUGUUGAGACUCCAUCUAUGUUCCAAGAAAACGCUGUGUGGCACUGAAGGUCACACACAGUGAGCCGAAUGUUUUUGCUGUAUUUUCACAGAUUGGUUCAAAUAUUGAUUCCACAGAUUGAGAAGUGUGUUUGACAUGUGAUGGAUGUGCUGGAUGCUACGCAGCUACACGGUUCAUUUUUUUAAUGAUUGGAUGAGUAACAAAAGUGCCAUAACAUCAGAAACUCAGCUAUAUUACACAGUACACAUGCUGCUUCUUGUUACAUUAUGGAAUCCGCAGAUGAGGGGUGUGUACGUUAAAACAACAACAAAAAAAACCCAAUCAAGCUUUUGUCGUGUGUGGAUUUUUAUCAAUAGAAGGUGUAUUCACUUGUAGGUGUCAUGGUGACAUGUUGCAAUAUGAGAACAAUGGAGGUUGAUUAAUAAGACAGCAGUGAUGUGCAUCUUAAUCUUAUUUAUGUCUUUAUGUCUUGUGAUUUUGAGCUGCUAAUCCCAGCAGUCUUCUAAAAUCAGACAUUUUUUCAGUGACUACAUUUACUUGCUUGUAUAAGAUAUUUCCACAAUAAAUGCUUUCAUAAAGAGCAAUUUUAGAUGGGCCUUCUGUAAUGCAGGAGCAAUUCUGGAAUAGAUGUGAUUCUUUUUUUCAUUUAUAUCUAUCUAAUAAAACGGCUGCUGUAACAAAAUCUUCUGAGUGCAUUUGUAAUACAUGAAUAAACAAGCUAAAAUAAAAGAAAACAUAUAACAGAAGAGUCCUGACUUGACAGACGUUAUACAAAAAAGAAAAAAGUAGAGAAGCUCCAGAUAAUGCACUUAUUGUGGAAAUAACUAUGUUAAUUCAUACAACUUUAACCACAUUUUCCACUUCCAAAACCCAAUAAUAAGAGUUUUAGUCAGAAUAACUUGGCUUCACACCUCCUAUCUGGUUGUUAAGUCUGA